AUGACAUCAAACAACCCAAGCUCGGUGUCUUCUAGUCACGCAGUCGAUGCUCUUGUGACAGCACUCAUGAAUCUUAACAUGAGUUCUGUCACUGCCCAUGCACUCGUUACCAUCAUCCAAGCAAUUGCAGAUGGUGGCCAGACCAUUCCGUCAGCAGCCGUUCACCCUGGACAGAAAGAUCACACAGCCGAUUGUGAUGUUGAAGACAAUGCUGAUGAGGGAGCUGAGGCUACUCCAGCCUCCACCACCACUCCACCGCUCUCCUCCACCACACUGGCACCCGAUAUCGGCAGUAUUGCUGAAGCCAUCGCGAAACUCUCGCUCUGCAACAAUGCAGACUUAGUUGGGACCAACGCAGACUUAGUUGGGCUUCCGCCCAGAUCAGUUUCGUAUAAAGGGUUCCCAUACGAGAUUCCGGAUCUGUCUGCUGAAGGGCCCUUCUACUGCGUGAUUAAAGGCAAACGUGUUGGAGUUUUGGCCACUUGGGAAGACACUUCUCCCCAAGUCACGGGGGUCAGUGGUGCUAUCCAUAGCCGCUGUCCGUCAGUUGAAGUAGGCGUUGCACGGAUCCAUGCAGCCAUUGAACGCAAUAAUUGUCAGUACUUGGGGGCGUGA